AUGAAUCAUAUUGCAGUCUUAGUUCUAUUAAGUUGUUUCCUAUCUGCUAUUUCAACUGUUGAAUUCGACCAAUCGAGAAGUGUUCGAUCAACAAAAAUUAAAACGAAAAAUGUACCUGGCUACGAUUGUACAUUCGAACAACAUCUAUGCGGUUGGAUUCAAGGUGAAAAUACGACAAUCGAUUGGUUUCGUGAACGAUCUUCAGAAAAUGAACAAGUGAAUAUCAUUGGUCCAAUAGUUGAUCACACUUUUGGAAAUUCAUCCGGUUACUAUGCCAUUACAAAAUUAAAACUUCCUAUUAGCAACUUUGAAAAUAUUCAAAACUCAGUACUGAUCAGUCCUCGACUACCUCACGAUAUAGCUACUCCAAUGUGUGCUGAAUGGUGGUAUAUGAUGUACAAAAGUGAUAAUACAGAGUUUAGUGUCUAUUUAAUUGUUAAUAAUAAUCUUAAUGAAAGAGAAGUAUCAUGGCGACGACGAGGCGACCAUGGACAUCAUUGGCAGUAUGACCAAUUACAAAUUGAACCGGGUAAUAAUAUAACAUAUGUUUUAUAUGAAGUUGUUGCCGAAUGGAGUAUUCAAUCAACAGUAUCAAUCGAUGAUCUUAAACUUCUCUAUGGUCCAUUUAUUAAACCUAAUUUUAUUGCUAUUGAAUGUACAUUUGAAGAAGAACAUAUUUGUGGAUAUUCAUCUGAUCCUACAGGCAAUUUCGCAUGGACAUGA